ACCAUUUUCUCUCUCUCACUCUGGAACUUUGUUGCCAUCCUUCUUCUGUAACACCCAUCUCUUAGGUACUGUUGAAUUAGAGCCAUUGAUUACAAGCAUUGAUUCCAGUGGUGAGAAAGUACAACACAACACAAGAAGCUCAAGAAUCAACAACAACAACAACAACCAGCAUAGCAACUUUGGAGGCCAAUGGUGAUGGAAGGGGCUCAAGAAGCAGACAUGGGUGAUGGCAACGCGCAAUGCACAGACCAUCCUUACAAGAACAACACCCCUGGUGGGAUCUGUGCUUUUUGCCUCCAAGAAAAGCUUGGCAAGUUGGUCUCUUCCUCUUUCCCCAUAGCUGUCUUCCCUUCUUCUUCUUCAUCUUCUUCCCCUUCUUUCAGAUCUGACUUCGGAGGAUCAGCCAACAACAACAACAACAACAACCCAUUACCAGUUCGACCCAACUCAUCAUCCUCAACCCUCAACAACAACAACAACAACAACAACAGCAACAGCCACAGCCACAGUGAUUGUCACUAUCAUCAAUAUCAUUCUCAUUCAAGGCGGUCUCGAUUGCCUUUUCUGUUAACCCAAAAGAAGAAGAAAAAGAAGGAUCUCAAUAAUGGGUCAGACACCAUCGUUUUCAAGAGGAGCAAGUCCACUGCAACACCUCGGCGAGGUGGGCAUUUCUUGGAUGCACACGAGGGUGAUGAUAAUAGUCCUCAUAGAAGAGGGUUCUGGUCAUUUCUUUAUUUGCCCAAACAUUCCACUACUCGGAAGAUUAGCUAUGGAUCGGCAUCAACAGCGAGUGCUACAGGGUCACUGGGGGCUACAACCGGCGGCGGCGUCGGUGGCGGCGGCGGGUCUUUCUCGCAGAGGUCAAGGGAAAAGAAGAAAGAGUUGCUGGUGGUGGUGGAUGAGAAUGAGAGUCCAAAUCAGGCAACGUUUGAUGGGAAGGUGUCCAGAUCUAGAUCACUUGGGUGUGGAAGCAGGAGCUUCUCGGGUGACUUCUUUGAGCGGAUCUCAACUGGGUUUGGGGACUGUACUCUCCGGCGAGUCGAGUCGCAGAGGGAAGGCAAAUCCAAAGUCGCCGCCAUGCAUCGCGGCGGAGGCGGCGGAGGACAUGAUUGCAUUAAAGAGAGAGUGAAGUGUGGUGGCAUAUUCAGUGGGUUCAUGAUCACUUCCUCAUCCUCUUCCUCAUCGUCAUCGUCUUAUUGGGUGUCAUCGGAAGAUAAUAUGAACGGAAAGUCAAUGUCUGUGUCGGCGGCACAGGCACUGGCACCUGCACCGGCAGCGGCAGCGGCAACGGCAACGGCGACAGGGCAGCUUGCUCACGGGAGGAGUAAGAGUUGGGGAUGGGCGUUUGCGAGUCCGAUUCGAGCUUUCAGUAAGCCUUCUUCUGGGAAGAGAGAAGCUUCAAAUAAGAACACCACUCCCAACUUGGCUGCAAUUCCUUCAUUGUUGGCUGUGAGAGGCUAAAGAGCUUAAUUACUUGGUUAAUAGCUACUACUUUAUACCACUAUUACACAUUGUAUUCAUGCUUUAUUAACUGUUGUUUAUCUCUAGCUUUAUGUUUGCCUCUGUGUUGCUACACUCUAUGUUAAGUUGUUCUAUUGAUAUGCCUUUGCCUGUUCUAAAACUAUGUUGGUUUAGUCUAGAGGAGAAAUUUUAUUAUCUGAUCAUCAUCUAAGUUUGUAAUUUGCUUAUAGAAAAUAUGUAUGCUGCUCAAUAUCUGAAUCUGUAUUCUUUUUGAUCAUUUGUAAGUUUGUAACAUGAUGUUAUGGGGAAAAAGGUGUUUUUCUU